AUGGUACGGUGGCUAUUAUGGCCACUGUUUGUGCUUCAGUUGGUCAUUUGCCAACAAUUGCAGCAACGAAUAGUGGAAGCACCAAAAGACACACUAGCCGCAGUUGGAGAAACUGCCAUUCUGACAUGUCGAGUCGAACAUCAACAAGGACCAGUUCAGUGGAUGAAAGAUGACUUUGGAUUGGGUACCGAUAGAGACAAACCGCUGCCGGGUAAUAAGAGAUAUCGGAUGGUGGGAAGUGCGGCAAAUGGAGAGUAUAAUUUGGAGAUCUCGAAUGUCACACUUUUUGACGAUGACGACUUUGCUUGUCAAAUUUCGGAAUCCGACCACGCCAAGGCAGUUGUCUCAAGUAAAGCAAAGCUCACUGUCCUAGUCCGACCGACACCUCCGAAAAUUGUCAAGAGUCAUCACUCUCUGAAAGCCAUCGCUGGAGAUCCCAUCACACAAUCAUGUCUAUCCAGGAAAGGAAAACCUCCACCAACCAUCGGAUGGGCCAUCGCGUCAGAUGAGCAUGGAAAACAUAUUAUUGCAUGGCUCGGAGAGUCAAGGUCAAAAUUUGGAGGAAUUCAUGGUAAAAAUAACGGGCAACUGAAAAGGAAAAUGAAGAUUCUUUCAGCAAAACCAGAAAUCUCUCAAGAAACCGUGAUUGCUCAUGUAAACGAGACAACUCAAGUUGAGGGAGGAGAACACAAGUCUCGUGAGGACUCCAACAUCUACAGUAUCAUGAGCAAUUUGAGUUUCAUCCCUCGACCCGAAGACGAUCACAAAUAUCUCGUAUGUAUCAGUCAACAUAUGACAUUCCCCAACAAGAUCGAAGUGGAUUCUGUCAAACUGGCACUACGCUACGCGCCUCAAAUCAAUCUUACUAUUGCAUCGAAAAUUCCGUUGAGAGAGAAUGGAUCGGCGCUACUCGCAUGUAAUAUCAAUGCCAAACCAUUAGAUAACGUCAAAAUCAACUGGUACAAGGGCAACCAAAAGUUGCGAGAAACUGGAGACACUCUCACCUUUGAAACGUUGAAAAUGGAAGAUCAUAAUAGAGAUAUCUAUUGCGAGGCUACAAAUGAGAUUGGUACUACUCGUGGCUCAAUUAAGCUUAAUGUUGCUUUCGGCGCACGUAUCAUGUCAACAUCACAGGAUAAGGAAGUGAACGAGGGCGACAACGCAUUCUUCCAUUGCGCAACACUGGCUAAUCCGGCGCCAGCAAUUUACUGGACGCGAGGAGAUAGUGAUGAGAUUAUUGGGCACGGAGAGAAUUUAACACUGGAGAACGUGAGGACGUGGCAACAAGGAAACUACAAUUGUACGGCUACUGUAGAUGGUUUCAGAAAACAAGUCCUUUCUCAUUACCUGCAUAUCAGAGGGCCACCAGCGGUUUCUAUGAGAGAUGAGGUGUCAGCUUCACUCGAUGAAGCAACCGAGAUUAUAUGUGAGAUUAGUGGAAGACCCAAGACUAAUAAUGUCAGAUGGACAUUAAAUGGAAAGGAGAUUAACUUUAACAAUGGGAGGAUUACGGUUCACCAGUACCCGAAACCAUAUGGCAAGGAAAGUAUUCUAAAAAUCAAAGAUCUUAAAGAAGAAGAUUUUGGUGUGUACAACUGUUCUGCAAAUAACGGACUGGGAUUCGACAAUCGAGGAGCGCUGCUCAAAAAACGAAACUUGUUUGAUUGGAUUGUGAUUACAGCCAAGUACGACCGCAUGGUGGCCCUUGCAAUUCUCAGCGCUGGAAUUCUGUUGGCUUCCUUGCUCUGCUGCCUUGCAUGUGCAGAAAUUGCAGAUCGAAGAAAUCAAAAUUCAUUGGUUAGUUCAGAUGACCAAUCUGACGUCACUGUGAAGUGCGAGGCUUUGGAUGGACAAUAUUUCCCGGAAAUGUACAGUAGCAGUCCAGUGGAUAAUGUUCAUUUGUCAACCAAGGAUUACAUCUCCAUCCCACAAAACAAUCCGGAUUUGGACUUCCUCGCAGCAAAUGGCUCUUUCGGCCCGCCCGGAGGACUUUAUCCGAAAUGUGUCAACAACUCGGCAAAUGAAUACAUCUACAACCGGUAUGAACACUCAUAUGGAUCGUUUGGAAGUGGACUAUCAACGCCUGGAGGAAUUUCAGAUAUGUACGGUGUAGCCAUGGGGGACAAAUUGCCGGUGAUGGAGACGUUGCAAGAGGUGGAGACUCCCAAGACGUCUAACUACAAUUUUCUGUCAUCGCCGGACGUGGUCCGACCCAUCAGCCGAACAUCGACACACGUGUAG